CUCCCAAGCUAAACAAGGCAUUCUUACAUAUUUAACAUUCAAAUGCAGAAGCCAAGCUAAGCCAUGGAAGAUUGUAAUCAGAAAAAAGCUACACUUCCUGAUCCGCAUAAAAGCUACAGGUGGAACCAAGAAAACCGGAGCUAACCUGCUGCUCCUUUGUGGCUCUGAUGUGGUUGCCCAAAGAGCAAGGAUUUGUUGCAGUCACUGGCUUGCCACCUGCCUGAGGCAUUCAACUGUAUCUAGCACAAUGAUGCUGGUUCUUUAAACAGAAGACAGAUUGAUAGCAUUUUGGGCUGAAAUCUAGAGGUUAUUUUGGAAUGUGAAAACUACUUACUGCUUGGAUCCAUGACAACCAUGUAGAUACUGUUCAUUCAAUUUAACAAUCUACACCAACAUGGAUCAAGAUAUUUGAACCAAACCUUUCAAGCAGUCAAUGGAGUACAAUCUAAAAGAUUAAAGAAAAUCCAGAUGGGGUGCAGGUGCUGCAAAAUGAUACAAAGCUAUAUUUUUGAUCCAGAAGAAGUACAAUCGCCUGGAUGCAUUCAUGAAGUAAACAGCUACAAACACAAUGAGCAAGGCAGCAAUAAAACCAAAUUCAAAGAGAAUAGUGAAAUUCACGAACACAAAAAUGAACUCCAGAAGGAUGAGCUAGACGGAACAGAAAAUAAAAAUCAGGUAAAUAGCACAAAAGAAGCUCUCUGGAACCACAGAGGCAAUGAUUUUCAAGAGGCUGGCCUUGCAAAAUACGUUGCAAAGCUUGACGUUGCAGUCAAUGGUGGCAACUCCUGUGCUGGAGUGCAUUCCAUGCUCAAUCCCAACACGAACCCAGUGAAAGAAGCCAGUGAACAGGGAACCUCCAGCCAGUCAGAGGCUUCUUCAGCCGGUAAUAAAGACUUUUACACCAAAACAAAUAGGUCUGGCCAAGAACUUGACCUAGAAGCAGGAAGGCAGAGGAACACAGCCUGCAAUAAGCCACACAGUAUUCAAGAUGAGAACUCCCAGCCUGCAGAAGACAGCAUCUUUCUCAAAGGAAAUGCAAUACUGGAGACACAAAACACUGUCAUACAACUGCCAGAUAUUGAUUAUCCCCAAAAUGGCAAUCAAAUCAGGAACUAUAUUGAAAAAGAUAGCUUUUCAUUCAGUUGUGCACACUCAGACCAAAACACUGGGCCUUCCACAAUAGAGGACCAGGAACUUUCUGUAACCCCACCUUCAUCUAUGAAGGAAAGCAGUAUUGAACCUUUUAAAAGUGACUCCACCAGUUCAAGUGAGGACAUUUCUGGUGGUAUCACUGCCAUGGCUGUUACCAAAGCAGCACAGGCGCCCACACACCCCAACCAUACAGACAUCAAUGGAGAAACUGAGGAGGAAGAUGCAGAAGUUGCAGCAGCUCUGGCUGCACUGGAAGCUGCAACUGCAGGGGAAGACGUGGAAGAUGACGACGAGUACUAGAUAAAAGAUUCUUUCUAAUACACUGGGUAAGAUCCAGAUUUUAUUUCUGGAUCUGUAUGAACACAUGUACAGCACAUGUGGACAGCUGUUAUCAACAGCAUAUACAAAAGAAGUUGAGACGAAACCUCUGUCCCUUCAGCUGUUUUCUACAGCCUUUUAAUUUCUACUGCCUGAGGUAUAGAAGUGCUCCCUUGGCUAAUGGUAAUACUAACACUCUUCUCUAUGGGGCCAGCCAGGAGUGCAAAGCAUCACUUCUUCCACACAGGGUAUUCUGCUGUAUGCCCACCUCAGCUGGAUUCAUGCAAACGUUUCCUUUGGUUUUGACCCUCAAGAGGGUCUGGCACAUACUGCGUGUUCCAGGUUCAGGAAAUUUCCAUUAUUUAAACAGAACUAUAGAAGCCAUGGUGUUAUAAACCAUAGAUUUUCAUCAUGUUAGGACAAAAAAAAUAAUGCUGACCCAAAGUUCUAUGAUCUAAAGAAGUAUGAGACUGGGAAGGCAGAUUGACUUGCAGUUCACUGCAGUUUUGGUUCCAUUCUGGAUUAAGCCUAAAUCUGCAUGUGCAGCUGGUGUUAGAACGAUAACCUCAUCUCUUCCCUUACACCUCCCCUGGACUUAGUUUGAUACCCCAAGUGACCUGCUUCAGUUCACUGAAACAGCAGAAGCCUAGCCAAAUCCAAGAGGGUGGGUAACUUUCUGUUGGUUUAAUGAGCUGAAGUAGCUCAUGCAAGAAUUACACACACAGGAUCAGAGGUGCUGGAGAGGGAUCAAAAUUCAGCCCUACCAGCUUGGAUAGAUUAAAACUGUUGUAAAACUACAGCCCGAGACCUCUCAACUACUAAAUUUUACAGGCACACAUCCCUUGCCUUAACAAUACAGUUUGCAAACAGGUUAGGUCUCAAACAUUCCCAGCAAGAUGUGUUUUGUUUAUAUACAAACAGAGCAGUGUGGACCCCUCCCUGGCUCUGCUGCAGUCCUUAAACUUACAGCAGGAAAAGGAUCAAGCUUCCAAGUUGAAUUAAGCAUAAAAACUGAAAAUAUCAGCUGAAUUCCUGGAGCAUUUACCCUUCCUCUGAUCUUCAGACUAGUAUGUUAGCCUUUCUUGUGGGAAAAAAAAAAAAAGGAGGUAGACCAACUUGGUGCUGCCAAUUUAUCAAAAGUUGGAUUUUAAUGGUUUAAAUAGAAAGUG